GUUAGGUCCAGUGUGCAUGUAGAAUCCUUGUAAUUGUGUACUGUGUAAAAUAAGCAGAUAAAGAAAACUGAUCGUUGUAAAUUACUGUGACGAGCCAGACACCUUGAAAACGACCGCUCUCCCGACUGUGUGGCUGGCAUAUGGCCUGUUAUGUUCUAUCCUCCGGUCCCUGCCCUUCAUCACUUGUCACACUCGUAUUACGAUAUUUACAAGUCCCAUUUAUUUACAUUCUCCCUGACACAACGCGUUUCAUUCCUUUACAUGCCAAAUUUUACGAAACGUUCUGGGACCAGGCCGUCCAGCACUUGGAACUCGCACGCCGCGCGGUGCGGUACAAAGUCGCGUCGCCCGCCCCUUUCCCGACUCCCCACGGAGCAUAAUCCCCUCCAUCCGCCUUAAUCACCACGGGGCGCCGGAUGAGGGUCCAUUCCACGUCGGCACGCGUCUCGCACCACGCCCAUAGUUAAAUAAUUGACCGAAAUCGGAUUGUUAAAUUAAGCUACCUAGACUGAAGGUUCUCAAAAUAAAUUGAACUACCUUAACUGAAUGGCCUAAUUUAUUGCGCAAUGACACCAAAAAAAAGGAAACAUAAUGUGGCUCACAUAGCAGUAACGAAGGGGGGGGGGGUGAUUAUUUGAAGGAUUUAGGGACUAGGUGCGUGCCCGUGAUCACCGUGACCUUACUUGAGAUGGAGUCGCUGACAUGAUGGCCGUGUCCGUCCAGCGCCCGGCCAAGCGGCCGGGGCCGCCGCCGGUGCCGUGAUGCCAGCCGCUGGUGUCUCGUGGGCUGUCCACGAUGUCAGAUGUCAGCCGAGAGCGAAAAGCGGCGUCGAAUGCGUCGUCCGAGAGAGAGCCAGAGACGCGGAAUGCCUCGUCCGAGAGAGAGCCAGAGAGCCGCGGAAUGCGUCGUCCGAGAGAGCUUUUCAGUUCCGUUUCAUCAACUUAUACUUCUGAUGACGUCAUACUUCAGAGGGCCGGGCAGCAUCACCUUGUCCAAUCUCCGUCCUCCAUUCUCAGAAGCUGCACUCGGCUCCGCCCUCGAAAGUUCGUGAUUUGCUGACAAAGUUCGGUUCCCCUCCGGCCAUGGCAGUCGCACCCUUUCACGCAGCGAUCGGGUGGAAUUCGCCGCCGGCGCUCACGGCGCCUGAGGCGCCAGGUGGCGGGCCUGGCCCUCUGCUCCCCUUGUUUUGAAGUCAGGUCCGGCCAGAUGUCCUAUGUUUUGUCGUUGGCGACCGAGUUCCAUUUCAUCCUGUUUUCGUACAAGCCGGGUCGGUCUCCGCUCCCCUUUCUUGUUUUGGUUCAAAUCAGGGCCGGUCUGCACUCCCCUCUCCUUGUUCUCUGGCGGGGUGCCGAGCGUGGGACAGAGUCUUGUUUUCCAAAGGUUAAACUGAUUAAUGGCUCGAGGCUGGCAGAAUGGCGCGUUUCGGUAUGCUAUUUGUUGGCUUCAGAUCCGGGUUCUCAUGAAGUGGGGUGGUCAUCUAUAGAGGACCCCUGUUUGUCAGAGCCGACUGCGCCGUCUGUGUGGACGCCAGCUGGGACGGAGAGAGGGUAUCACAGCCGAUUUAGCCGGCUGACCGUGUCUGUGCGGCGCUCGCAGAUGGCCGUGUUUCAGCUUGUGGCACAGCUUGCAGUUCAGCAUGAAAGAUGAAAAAAUGUAACGCAUCUGCGUUACACAAUCGUUCUCGGCUGGGCGGCACUCGGUCAGUAGCCCACUGGCCGUCUCAGGGUCAUCAGGGGGAACAUCGCACCUUGUCCAGCCGCGCCGGGAGGGGACGGGAUGUUCCAGGACCGUCACCACGCGGCUGGAAGUCCCAGCCGGGCUGCUGCCGGUUCAGGGCCGGCCCUGACCCGAGGCGCCGCCGUGCAGAGGGGCAGAUAAAGGCGGCACCUGUCCGCUGGCCGCCAGUGGAUACCUCAGAGGCGUGCAGGUGACUCGCUGCAGAAGAGACAGAACAUACUGAGACAGCGAACAGGAUGAAGCUACUGCUGUUGUCUCUGAGUCUGGUGGUCGUGCUGGGCGAGCACGAGGACCGUCACGCCUUGAGACACGCCCAGAGCUACCCGGACAGCUACUACCCAGAUCGACACUACCCGGGCCCCUACCCAGACCCCUACCCGGGCACCGGCAACCCUUACGUGCGCCCCUCCGGCUGCAAAAACUGGUGCCGUUAUGACGACAACUACCGUCCCGGCCUCUUCCACGGCCGAACCCGGUACUACUGCUGCGACCACAGCGCGCCCGUAGUCUACCCCAGGCCACCGUACCCCUACCCGACGCGACAGAAGAUCUGCCCGCCGUCCCCUGCGGUGUGCACGCGAGUCUACUCGGCCUUCGGAGCACCCACCGAGUGCUACUCGGACUCUGAGUGCUCCACCGUCGACCUCUGCUGCUACGACGUCUGUCUCCGGCACAAGACCUGCAAGACGGCCGACUACACCGAGGGCCCGGUGCGGCCGCGUCCGGUGCCCUACCGUCCCCGGCCCGGAAACAUUUUCACAGGAAUCAUCGGCUCGCUGCUGGGCCGCAGCUCCUUCGAUGAGCCUCACUCGGUCGUUGCCGCCGACCAGCCGCAGGACGUCGUGGCGCUGAGAAGCGCCAAAGCCGACGAUAAAAAGAAACACGAGUAGGUUCUUUUGGGACUGAGACGCGUAUUUAUUGCUGCUGUCGCAAUGUGUUCUGCAGAUGUGCUGUCGAUGCUGCCAGCAAAGUACAUACAUUGUCAAGCGAUAUGAGCUGUCACCUGUUUCAAUUCGGGUGUUUCAUCAGCAUUUAGGCGAAAAUGCCAACUCGGGCGGGGUGCUCCGACGCUGCCAUUGUAAUGCUUCAAAAUGAUGCAAAGGGAUCGUGGCAUUUCUUGCUGCCUGUCUGUGACAUCUGAAUGGCGUGGGAAUCAUUAUAAAUGACAGAAGUGUCGCAGAAGAAAGACACGGUGCCAAUCGGACAUUGCUGUUUAAUAAGCGCGCUUAUUAUUAAAGUCACAAACAGGUGUUCACUGUUCCGUGGAUGAAUGGUGUCCAUGAGAAUAGAACAGUGUGUACUGUAUUGAGGUGUGAUUGAAUAUUGUCGAAAACAAUGCAACUGUAUGGCCCGUACUUGCUGUCGACUGACCCGAUAGCUAGAAAUAAAAAAGCGUUUUACUUUAAUCUACAGUUUGUAACUUGCUAUCCUGUCAAUCAUCACUUGAUUAUGGUGUGCGCCCUUACAUACCGUUUUAAAUAAAACUUAAUAAAAAAUUAACUAGAAAAUCCGUUGGUUUAUUAAUUGAUUAUGAGAAAUGGAUUACUUGAUGUCAUAUUACGGUGAUGACAUUUUGCACUGGUCAUAAUACUUAAUCGCUCUUCAUAAGUACUUUUGCUUUCCUGUUAUAAGACAUACCUUGAAGCUGGAAAAGUAAAUAAAUAGAAAUUAAGGCCAUAACAAAAAGUGACUGAUCACUGUUUGCCUCGUUUUGGAGUUCUGCUGGCCAUAGCUUUUUUCGAUUUAGCACCACGCCUCACGGGUCUGGUGCAUCCUUGUUUGAUCUUGCGUUUCAGAGGUGUGCCCGAGACCCUACUGGCUGAAGACGUGGUAGAAGCUGACCUUGACCGUUUGACGCACGACUGAAUUUUGGCCCGUUUUGUUCUAAAAAGACGUGGAUGGGGAGAGUUGCGCCGUUUGAACUUUGGACGACUUGGUUGUCCAGACGUAGAUGGCAUUGUCUCUUGAACUGCCUGAUAUCUAGGUCUUGAUCUAUCAAGCCUUGCAUUACCCGAUCCCGAAGCCCAGCUCGAUAUGGAUGAGCAGGAACGACUCUGUAAAGAUCUUGGCACGAAAUCAGACCAUUGUGAAAGUGACGUGUUUGACGGUGAAGACGAGGAAUCAUCUGGUACCGAAAAUCGCUUGAGCUGUUUCACGUGAGAAGGAACAACUCGUUUUGACGCUGAUGAUUUGACAGCAUUUCGAAUUAGACCUACACUAUGUUGCUCUUUUUCGUCACUGCAACCUUGUGCUGACAGCUUUUGAACUUUUUCCCUCGACUUCUUCGACAAGGUCUCAGAAGCUUUCAAAUCGGU